ACUCUUCUUCCCUGGUUUUAUAUCUCACCUCCCAAAAAUCCAGGGGCUUAUUAUUUGUCAACGUAUUCAAUUCCUUGAAGCUAUAUUAUCUUUCUUAUAUAAUUAGCGAAUCUCCAUCACCACCUCCUGCAUAAUCUCCUAGAAAUCUAACAAGACUUUCAAAUCCUGAUUUGUUUUUUGUGUACUCGAUCAGUUGGAAUCUAUAAGAAAGUAUAAAGAUGCGGAUGAGCUGUAAUGGAUGCAGGGUUCUUCGGAAAGGGUGUAGUGAGGAUUGUAGUAUAAGACCGUGUUUGGGUUGGAUCAAAUCCCCCGAAGCGCAAGCAAACGCAACAGUGUUUCUAGCCAAGUUCUAUGGCCGUGCUGGACUCAUGAACCUAAUCAACGCCGGUCCCGAGCACCUUCGUCCUGGGAUAUUCCGGUCGUUGUUGCAUGAAGCAUGCGGGAGGAUUGUGAACCCGAUCUACGGUUCGGUGGGGUUGUUAUGGUCGGGAAACUGGCAGCUUUGUCAAUCCGCCGUGGAGGCGGUGAUGAGAGGCGAACCGAUCACUGAGAUGGCCACGGAUGCGGCGACGAGCGGGCAAGGUCCGCCGCUGAAAAUGUAUGACAUCCGACAUAUCUCCAAGGACGAGAACUCCCCCGCUGCAGCUGCUGCUGGUUCAACCGAUCCGAAACGAGGAAAGAAAGCUCGCCGGGCUAAGCGGGUCGCCUCCGCUGCCGCCGUCGCUAAACCGGCGGAAUCAGAGGGGAAAUCCGCCGGGGGAGAAGGAGAAGCUAGUCACGACUCGUCGUUGAGUCACCAGUCUGAAGUUGUGGCUCCUCAUGAAGAAGAGAGCAAUAUCUCGGAGGUGAUGACAUUCUCUCCGACGGCUGUGCAAUGUUCCGGUGAGAUCAAACUCGACCUAACGUUAGGGCUGGAGCCGGCGUCACGCGCGGAUCACGUGGUGCCUGUUAAGAAGAGAAAGAUGGGCGUGUUUAGCACGUGGCAGGAAGAGAGUUCGUGUAAGACUGACCUUGUACUCUAAUUAUUCCUUUGAAGUUUUGCCCGUAUCAGCUCAGUUAUGAUACCAUAACUUUUCUUUUUGUUAUCUAUUUCUGCCUUUAAUUUGCAUCUUCCUUUGGUGAUGAAAGAUAGAGCAAUGUACAAACUUAUUUACAGAGUUAAAUUCAAGAUUGGCUAUAAGAGUUUACUUUUUUC